AUGCGAUCUGAUGCAGUCAAACUAUCACCAGAUGACUAUAAAUAUAUUAUGCAAUACAAAGAUGCAAAAUCCAAACCUUUAGAGAUGCUUAGAGAUAAAUAUCCUAUGUCCAAUACCCGUUUUUAUCGGAUAUGGAAAGGAAAAGAGGUUUGCACAAAUGUUUGGAAUCCAUAUUUAGCUAAUUCAGAAAGUAAUAUUUCAAUACCUAUAGUUGUGGAAGAGACAAAAAAGAGAAAAUCUAAGUCUGCGUGUAUUUCUGAUCAACACUCUGUUAGUAAAGAUUUAACUGAAAAGAUAGACAAAAUAUCAGAAGCAAAAAAAGAAACUAUACCACCUGAAGCCUCACAAAAAACUGAAGAUCCUUUAGAAUUCUAUAAGAGAACACAAGAGGAGGCUAAAAAGAUAAGAGCUGUUGUACGUGCUGAUAUUUCUAAACUAUCUGCUCCUAUUUCAAAAGCUUAG